AUGAGCUGGAAAGGAUUAUCAAAGGCGCUUUCAAGGCUGCCACAUCAGGUCAAGGCAAAGACGGGGCGAAUUGAAGUACCUAUUGACAACGAGUAUCAUGAGCUCCAAGUGCGGUUCAACCAAGUAGCGUAUUACAUUAUGCGGUUGCAAAAAGAGUUGGCCGUAUACAAAGAUGCGGUACAAGAAAUGUUUUAUCGCCAUAGCCACUUUGCCGACCUUAUUGCAGACGUCUAUUAUGAUCCCGAUUUACCUGAGGAGUCAUUACCGGAAAGAUAUGCCAACAACAUGGAUGAAAUGCGACAACAUGUCGGUGAGGAAUUGGAUCGUAUGCAUACCACUAUUGUUGUACCAUUAACGGAGAUGGGCCAGGUGCUGCAGCAAGCUGAAAGAACAAUGGCAAAACGCAAUAGGAAAAAGUUGGACUAUGAUCGCUUUAAGCUAGGGGAUAAAGAUACGUCUUUAGAAACAUCUGCUCAUGACUACGAAUACUACAACGCUGCUUUGAAAUCCGAGCUGCCAAUCCUAUUUGAUGACGUGGAACGUGUUGUGCGUAGCCUUUUUGCAAGGUUACAUCACAUCCAAUGUGUGAUCUACAAACGAUACAUGGACCAUGCUCACAAGGUCAUUGACUUCUCUACCAUCCACGAAAACAUCAUUGACGACUACUAUCAGCAUAUCGCUCAGAUCCCUCAUAUCAUGAACUCGCUUGAUUUAUUUCAACUCUUUCCCCCAUCCGAGUUUAGAGCACCCAUCCCACCACCUAAACACCCGAGCGAUGACACUAGUGACAAUACUGGUAGUACUACUAUUCCUCAUCAUGCAGAGUGUGAUGUGCAACCAUGUCGCGAAGCCAUCGGGCUUGGUAUCACCCCUAGCACCGCUAUCGACGUAAAUGAAUCGCCUCGGCGUUGUAAUGCCAUUGCCUUGGAAGACUAUGAUGCACAAGGAGUUGGAGAUAUCAGCUUCCACAAGGACCAGGAAAUUGAAAUUCUUGGAUCACCCAAAGACCACCAGAAUCAAGAUGGAUGGUUGACAGCCCAAAUUAGUGGAGAGACAGGUCUUGUUCCUGCUGAUCAUGUUAAAAUAUUGGAACAAAGGAUACGAUGA